AUGGAACCACAUAAAUAAUAUUGUAAAAUCUCAAAGUAGGAUAGAAGGUAAAUUAUACAUGAGGUUCUUGUAAAUAAGAAAUUAAUACUGGAAGUUGCAAGAGAAUUCAAAGUUUUGCCUUCAACUUGCAAAUCCAUAAUAAAUACAUACAUUAAAGAGGGGAGGAUUGGCAAAAAAGAGAGAAGAAUAAGAAAACUGAAAAAAGUAACUGCUAUUUACACCAUUACAUUAAACCCAUUAAAUCCACUUUCCUCAACCAUCACUACUGAAUGCGAAAUUGCUGAAGUAGAGUAACCGUCUCUCCAAAGCAAUUUCUAAUAAUAAGAGCUUCCUUAGAAAAAACCAUUUGAUUUUCUGAGUUUAUGGACUGAAAACUACGUUCAAGAUUACAAAAAGUACAAGCUUGGUGCAAAAUAUCAUUGA